AUGCUAGCAGUAGCCUGCUGUUCUGUGAGAACAAUUUUCCAACCUGCUGUUCUUCUUGGCCAUUCUAAGGAGGCAGUAUGUGAACUUGUGACCUCCUUCAGAAAUUUCUGCUCAGAUUACACAGUGCCUCCUUCACCAAAGUAUGGUGGAAGGCACACGGUAACUAUGAUUCCUGGAGAUGGCAUUGGGCCUGAGCUUAUGGUUCAUGUUAAGAGAAUAUUCAGAUCAAAUUGUGUGCCUGUGGACUUUGAAGAGGUGUGGGUCACCUCAACAUCUAAUCAGGAGGACAUCAACAAUGCUCUCAUGGCCAUCCGUCGGAACCGUGUUGCUCUGAAGGGCAAUAUUGCAACCAACCACAAUCGGCCUGCCCGUUUCAAGUCUCACAACACCACGUUUCGCACCAUCCUUGACCUCUAUGCCAGUGUUGUCCAUUUCAAGACUUUUCCUGGUGUGAAGACCCGACACAAGGACAUAGACAUCCUGGUUGUUCGGGAGAAUACAGAGGGAGAGUAUACUAACCUGGAGCAUGAGAGUGUGAAAGGAGUGGUAGAGAGCCUAAAGAUUGUAACAAAGGCCAAGUCUGUGCGCAUUGCUGAUUAUGCCUUCAAGUUGGCUCAAAAGAUGGGGCGGAAAAAAGUGACAGUUGUUCACAAGGCUAACAUCAUGAAACUGGGAGAUGGGCUCUUCCUUCAGUGCUGUAAGGAUGUAGCAGCGCACUAUCCUAAGGUCACCUUGGAGAGUAUGAUUAUAGAUAACACCACAAUGCAGUUGGUAUCAAACCCCCAACAGUUUGAUGUCAUGGUGAUGCCCAAUCUUUAUGGCAACAUUAUCAACAGCAUCUGCACAGGGCUGGUUGGAGGGCCAGGAAUUGUCCCUGGAGCCAAUUAUGGUCAUUCAUACGCAAUAUUUGAGACAGGUUCAAGGGAAAUAGGUCACGAUUUAGCUCACAGAAAUAUUGCCAACCCUGUCGCCAUGCUGCUGACCAGCUGCAUCAUGCUGGACUACCUUGAUCUCCAACCCUAUGCCUCUCACAUCCGCUCUGCAGUCAUGGCAUCCUUACAAAAGAAAGCAAUCUGCACUCCAGACAUAGGAGGUCAGGGGACCACAUCAAGCACUGUCGACUACAUCUUAGACCACAUGAAAGAAAGUGGUUGUCAUCCAAAUUUCUUCCUCUCUCUCACUUGA